AUGCGCGCCCACCCUUCCACCCUUCCUGUUGCACCUUCCCCUCUCUUGCCUCUCCUCGCCUCUCCUCUUUUUUUUUCUUACGCGUGCGUGUGCCCAGUGUUGCCGGUGCCUGUACCAGUGCCAGUGCGCAGACCUUUUUUUUUUUUUUUACGGAUACCUACCCAGACACCCACAGCCAUUCAGCAGCCAGCUGGAGCAGCAGCGCGCAGCAGCAACCAGCCAGCCCGACACCCAGACACCCAGACAAGUGACAAGGUCGGCCAGAGAGGAGACUUCCCAGCAAAAACAAGUGCACCCAGGCGCGUUGCUCCCGCACAAUCACUCCCCCAUAGUAAAAAGGCUGCUUGGCCCUCCCCCCAUACAAUUUCCUUCCCUCUUCUUCUCCCAUACAAAUCUCCCACCCAAAUCCUCCUCUCAUACAAUCUGCACUCUCGCAAUACCACACAUUGCAGCCUACGCGCACUCAAACCUAACACCUCAACCACAACACCGUUUCCAACUCUCAAAAACUACCUUCAGAUACCCAAAAUGCCCAAAGCUGCUACCAAGCGAGGCGCGGCCGGCAAGGUCGACAAGAAGCGCGCCAAGAAGGACCCCAACGCUCCUAAGCGUGGCCUGUCCGCUUACAUGUUCUUCGCCAACGAGCAGCGUGAGAACGUCCGCGAGGAGAACCCCGGUAUUUCCUUCGGCCAGGUCGGCAAGAUCCUCGGUGAGCGCUGGAAGGCUCUCAACGAGAAGCAGCGUCAGCCCUACGAGGCCAAGGCUGCCACCGACAAGAAGCGUUACGAGGACGAGAAGCAAGCCUACAACGCCGAACAAGAGGAGGAUGAGUCCUCUUGAUUGAUGUAUUUCUGUUGCUUCUCGGUCCGAAUGGGUGGCGUUGAGUUACUUUCCCGCACAUCUUUCGGACUUUCCUUGUAACUUUGGGCUCGGCGGUGUAUGAUGGGAUUGAAAUGGUUUGUUUUUCUCGUUAUUCAGGAUCGGCAGGAUGGGCGAUACAAGGCAGGCAAUGCUUCUAAGCCGCCCCCCGCAUCCGUAGGCGAGCUGGUCAGGCCGCCAGUCGCGGAACGAAACAGUCCACGAUUGGGAGGACUAAAUGACAUUUGACGGCUCACGUUGACAUUUGCAUGAACAUUUACUGCCGCUCCACCUGCAUGCGUGUACGUAACCGAAUCUGUGAAGCUAUCCAAGAAUAUGACGUGAC